GUUCAUUCAUGAUUGGUACUCGGCCCCCUGAGAGCCAGCCCGAGCGCGGGGCGGAGCGGCCGGGUGGCAGCAGGGGCGGGCGGGCGGAGCGCAGCUCCCGCACCGCACGCGGCGCGGGCUCGGCAGCCUCGGCCGUGCGGGCACGCCGGCCCCGUGUCCAACAUCAGGCAGGCUUUGGGGCUCGGGGCUCGGACCUUGGAGAAGCCAGUGGUCCAGCUGGGUGCCCGCACCGGGGGGCGCCUGUGAAGGCUCCCGUGAGCCGCUGGCCCUGGGAGUCAGUGCAUGUGCCUGGCUGAAGAAGGCAGCAGCCAGGAGCUCCAGGCGCCCCGGCCCCACGUUUUCUGAAUACCAAGCUGCAGGCGAGCUGCCCGGGGCUUUUUUGCUUUCUCUCUUUUCCUCUCCUCCAAUUCAAAGUGGGCAAUCCACACCGAUUUCUUUUCAGGGGAGGGAAGAGACAGGGCCUGGGGUCCCAAGUCGCACACAAGUCUUCGCUGCCAUGGGGGCCGUCAUGGGCACCUUCUCCUCCCUUCAGACCAAACAAAGGCGACCCUCUAAAGACAUCGCCUGGUGGUAUUACCAGUAUCAGAGAGACAAAAUCGAGGAUGAGCUAGAGAUGACCAUGGUUUGCCACCGACCUGAGGGACUGGAGCAACUUGAGGCUCAGACGAACUUCACCAAGAGAGAACUGCAAGUCUUGUACCGGGGAUUCAAAAACGAAUGCCCUAGUGGUGUGGUCAAUGAAGAAACAUUCAAGCAGAUCUACGCUCAGUUUUUCCCUCAUGGAGAUGCCAGCACGUAUGCACAUUACCUCUUCAAUGCCUUCGACACCACCCAGACAGGCUCUGUAAAGUUCGAGGACUUUGUGACUGCUCUGUCGAUUUUACUGAGAGGGACAGUCCAUGAAAAACUAAGGUGGACGUUUAAUUUGUAUGACAUCAAUAAAGACGGCUACAUAAACAAAGCGGAGAUGAUGGGCAUAGUCAAAGCCAUCUACGACAUGAUGGGGAAAUACACCUAUCCUGUGCUCAAGGAGGACACUCCCAGGCAGCACGUGGAUGUCUUCUUCCAGAAAAUGGAUAAAAAUAAAGAUGGCAUUGUAACAUUAGAUGAAUUUCUUGAAUCCUGUCAGGAGGAUGACAACAUCAUGAGAUCUCUACAGCUGUUCCAAAAUGUCAUGUAACUGAGGACACUGGCCAUUCUGCACUCAGAGACACUGACAAACACCUUAAUGCCCUGAUCUGCCCUCGUUCCAAUUUUACACACCAAUUCUUGGGACAGAAAUACCUUUUACACUUUGGAAGAAUUCUCUGCUGAAGACUUUCUACAAAACCUGGCACCAUGUGGCUCUGUCUCUGAGGGACGAGCGGAGAUCCAAGUUUGUUUUGGAAGCAUGCCCAUCUCUUCAUGCUGCUGCCCCGUGGAAGGCCCCACUGCUUGAGCUUAGUCAAUAGUGCACAGUUUUAUGCUUAUACAUAUCCCCAACUCACUGCCUCCAAGUCAGGCAGACUCUGAUGAAUCUGAGCCAAAUGUGCACCAUCCUCCGAUGGCCUCCCAAGCCAAUGUGCCUGCUUCUAGUCCUCUGGUGGGAAGAAAGAGCAUUCUACAGAACAAUUAGAGCUUACCAUGAGAAUAUUGGGAGAGGCAGCACCAAAACAUGUAGAAUAGGACUGAAUUAUUAAGCAUGGUGAUAUCAGAUGAUGCAAAUUGCCCAUGUCAUUUUUUUUUCAGAGGUAGGGACUAAUGAUUCUCCCACACUAGCACCUGUGGUCAUAGAGCAAGUCUCUUAACAUACCCAGAAGGGAAACCACUGUCCAGUGGUCUAUCCCUCCUCUCCAUCCCCCACUCAAGCCCAGCACUGCAUGUCCCUCCCAGAAGGUCCAGAAUGCCUGUGAAACGCCGUACUUUUAUACCCUGUUCUAAUCAAUAAACAGAACUAUUUCGUACACUCUCAAUUACUUUUUCUAUGACUCCGUGGCUCAGGAGAGGCAAGUUGUGACAAGGGGUGGUUAGUCCACCCAUUUGGCCUCGGGUUACUAGUACUAUGGGGCCAUGUGCCUUCACCCAUAAACCAUCUUCAUUAGCAUGCAAUUCAAAUACUGUGACCAUGUGCAAAUGCUACUUCCAGACAACACCUCUUUUCUAACAGGAUUGCUCCUCCCAAGACUCCAAUAAAAAAAAUCCCAGAGCCUCAUAUUGCACAACUAGAGCUGAAAAGGACCAGUCCUCACUGCUGAUGAUGCAGUCCAAAGAUUGAUCAAGUAGUUCCAUCUUAUAACCAUAAAACGAUUACUUGGGUCCAAUGUCAUGUAUUUUAGUUUUACCAGUGUUAUCACAUUAAAUAUUUCCUUACACAUUAAAAAAUGCUCUAACAAGAGCUUCCUUGAAAAGGUUUAUGGAAGUGCUAUUAUCUGUCCAGGGCUGUUUUACAAGUUUUAUAAACAUUCUCUUAUUUCAUGCUCAUAGUAGAACAUUCCAGAAGAUAGAUUCUUGGUUUGACUUAUGAGGACCCUGAAGCUCAGAGGGGUGAGUGGACCUCCUCCAUGUAGCACCCCACUAUUUAAGAAAAUUCCACAUGAUCCAAAAACCUGAGAACACUUCCCAAAAAUCUCAAUCACUUGUUGUCAGUUAAGAGAGAUGCGGUAUUCUAGUUUUUCUCUGUUGGUGGGACCCUGAGGUUCAGGCUACUUUAUAGCUCUCUAAGUAACACCAGUGUGCACCUAAGGUUGAGAAGCCUGACUCUAGGAGAAAGGAAGGGCUAUUACCUUUAUCCCUAUUUUAGCCAGACCACAGUAAGAAGCCAAAAUGAGCCUUGAGCCCCUCAGGACAUUCAGACAAAAUAUUAGAAUGGGAAGAUUUAAAACAUCCUUCAGAUUAAUAAUCAGAU